CACGGUUGCGCAUGCGCACAUGGACGGCGCGGCCGUGCCCGGGAGAAGUGGUCCCUGAAGAAAAUAAACUUAGAGAUGAAGCGAGUAUUUACCAUCUCGGAGAAAAUCGUUACAGGCAACCUUGUACAAUACCACUGGCAGAAAACACUGGGAAAUUAUAUCGCUAUCACUGGGUCAGAUCAUAUGGUGAAGAUUUUUGAUCGGCAUGGACAUAAAAGAAAUGAAAUUAGCCUUCCAGGAGUUUGUGUUUCUAUGGACUGGGAUAAAGAUGGAGAUGCCUUGGCUGUGAUUGCUGACAAAUCAAAUACCAUCUACUUAUGGGAUGCAAACACACACAAAAUUACGCAGUUGGACAGUGGUAUGAGGGACCAGAUGUCAUUUCUGAUGUGGUCAAAAGCAGGAUCACUACUUGCUGUUGGAACAACCAAAGGAAAUCUGCUUAUCUAUAACUUACAGACCUCCCGCAAAGUUCCAGUCCUCGGAAAGCACACAAAACGGAUUACUUGUGGUUGUUGGAGUUCCCAGAAUCUGCUUGCAUUGGGUAGCGAAGACAAGACAAUAACUGUCAGCAACCAGGAGGGAGAUACCAUUCGGCAGACCACAGUGAGAGCAGAACCAAGUGAUGUGCAAUUCUCUGUGAUGAAGACAGAUGAGCGGGCAUCAGUGGGAGAAAGCACGGUGAGUGCAAUUGUAGGCAAGAAAACACUCUUCCUAUUUAAUUUGAGUGAUCCUGAUAACCCAAUUGAGUUGGCAUUCCAGCAACGCUAUGGCAGCAUCAUAUCAUACAGAUGGUAUGGGGAUGGGUACAUCAUGAUUGGCUUUUCUCAAGGCUACUUUGUAGUAAUUUCUACACAUAUCCGUGAGAUUGGCCAGGAAUUGUUCCAAGCUCACAACCAUAAAGACAGUCUGACAAGUAUCGCCAUCUCACAGUCUCUGAACAAAGCUGCUUCCUGUGGAGACAGUUGCAUUAAGAUCCAUGAUCUGUCAGAACUGAAAGAGAUGUAUGCUAUUAUAAACCUGGAUGAUGAAACUAAAGGUCUGGAUCGGCUAUCUUGGACAGAUGAUGGACAGUUGCUCGCUGUAUCUACACAGCGUGGAACAUUGCAUGUUUUCCUUACAAAACUUCCAGUUCUCGGAAAUACAUGUGGAACUCGCAUAGCUUUCCUAACCUCUCUGUUGGAGGUCACAGUGACCAAUCACAUCGAGGGAGAACCACAAAUUACAGUUUCUGUUGAAGUAGAACCUAACUUUAUCGCUGUCGGCCCAUAUCAUGUGGCUGUUGGAAUGAAUAAUCGAGCCUGGUUUUAUGCUCUUGGAGAAAAUCGAGUGGAAAAGUUAAAAGAUAUGGAGUACUUGGGCACAGUAACUAGUAUGUGCUUGAAUUCUGAUUAUGCAGCAGCAUUGUUUGAGGGAAGAGUUCAGCUACAUAUGAUUGAAAUGGAAGGUGUUGAAGCCCAGGAGGAAAGAGAGACUCGUCUUUUUCCAGGACGUGAUGACAAAUGCCGAGUCACAUGUCACGCACUUACUGCUGACUUCUUGGUCUAUGGAACAGAUACUGGCAUCAUCCAAUAUUUCUAUAUUGAGGACUGGCAGUAUGUGAAUGAGUAUCGCCAUUCAGUCAGUAUUCGUAAAGUUUUCCCAGAUCCCAGUGGGACCAGAAUGACAUUCAUUGAUGACAAGAGUGAUGGGUUUGUCUACUGUCCAGUGAAUGAUACUGUACAUGAGAUCCCAAACUUUCCCACUACUGUUAGAAGCAUUCUCUGGGAACACUUCACAAUGGACAAAGGAGUCUUUAUUGCUUAUGAUGAUGACAAAGUGUAUACCUACGUUUUUCACAAGGACACAAUUCAAGGUUCCAAAGUCAUACUGGCAGGUGGUACUAAACUUCCAUUUUCUCACAAGCCACUGUUGUUGUAUAAUGGAGAGCUAACGUGUCAGACACAGAGCGGGAAAAUCAGCAGUAUUCUUUUAAGCACACACUCUUUCCUUGCUGGUUUAAAGGACCUUGGACCUAGUGAUCUUCAGCCAAUGUUGACCCAGUGUUUAAUGCUGAAAAGGUUUAGUGAAGCAUGGGAUGUGUGCAAAAUACUUAGUGAUCCUUCAGCAUGGACUGAGUUCGCUCGUGCUUGCCUCCAUCACAUGGAGGUGGAGUUUGCAAUUCGUGUGUAUCGUAUAAUUGGAAAUGUCGGAAUGGUAAUUUCACUGGAGCAAAUCAAGGGAAUAGAAGACUACAACCUACUAGCUGGACACCUUGCAAUGUUUACAAAUGAUUUCAAUUUGGCACAGGAUCUGUAUUUGGCUUCCAGCUGCCCAAUUGCUGCAUUAGAGAUGCGGAGAGAUCUACAGCAUUGGGAUAGUGCUCUGCAAUUAGCGAAACGGUUGGCUCCGGACCAGAUCUCGUUUAUCUCCAAGGAAUAUGCAAUUCAACUAGAAUUCACGGGAGACUAUAUGAAUGCAUUGGCACAUUAUGAAAAAGGCAUGACCGGAGACAAUAAGUACAUUGAUCAUGAUGAUGCUUGUUUAGCUGGAAUUGCAAGGAUGUCAAUACGGAUGGGAGAUAUUCGGCGUGGAGUCAACCAGGCAAUCAGACAUACCAACAGAGUUCUGAAGAAAGACUGUGGUAUUAUUCUAGAAAGUAUGAAGCAAUUCUCUGAGGCUGCUCAGUUAUAUGAGAAAGGACAGUACUAUGACAAAGCAGCAUCUGUUUAUAUCCGUUGUAAAAACUGGGCAAAAGUUGGAGAGCUUCUCCCUUAUGUAACAUCUCCCAAGAUACACCUGCAGUAUGCAAAGGCAAAAGAAGCUGAUGGAAGAUAUAAAGAAGCUGCAAUGGCAUAUGAAAAUGCCAAGGACUGGGACAACAUGAUUCGAAUUCAGUUGGAUCAUCUCAGCAAUCCAGAAGAAGCUGUUCGUAUCAUUAGAGAAACUCAGUCAAUCGAUGGGGCCAAAAUGGUAGCCAGGUUCUUCCUGCAUCUCGGCGACUAUGGCUCUGCCAUCCAGUUUCUGGUGAUGUCUAAGUGUAAUGAUGAAGCCUUUCAGCUCGCACAGCAACACAAUCAAAUGGAAGUCUAUGCUGAAAUUAUUGGUACUGAUGCGAAUAAUGAAGACUAUCAGAGUAUUGCAUUGUACUUUGAAGGUGAAAAGAAACAUUUCCUGGCUGGCAAAUUCUUCAUGCUUUGUGGCCAGUACACACGAGCAUUGAAACAUUUCUUGAAAUGCCCAGUAUCUGAAGAUGGCCAAGCAAUUGAGAUGGCCAUUGAAGCGGUUGGACAAGCCAAGGAUGACAUGCUAACUAGUCAGCUGAUAGAUUAUCUAAUGGGUGAGAGCGAUGGGAUGCCCAAGGAUGCAAAGUACCUUUUCCGACUGUAUAUGGCAUUGAAGCAAUAUCGAGAAGCAGCCAGAACAGCCAUAAUCAUCGCCAGAGAAGAACAAUCUGCAGGAAACUACAGGAAUGCACAUGAUGUGCUAUUUAGUAUGUACACAGAGCUCAAGGCACAGAAAAUCAAAAUCCCCUCAGAAAUGGUAACAAACCUUAUGAUUCUACACAGCUACAUUCUAGUGAAGACUCACGUGAAGCGUGGAGACCACAUGAAAGGAGCAAGGAUGCUCAUCCGCGUUGCCAACAACAUCAGCAAGUUUCCAUCUCAUAUUGUGCCCAUUCUAACAUCAACAGUAAUCGAAUGUCACCGAGCAGGGUUGAGGAACUCUGCCUUUAGCUUUGCUGCUAUGCUGAUGAGACCAGAGUACAGAAACAAUAUUGAUGUUAAGUACAAGAAGAAGAUAGAGGCUAUGGUUAGGCGGCCUGACCAAUCAGAGGUGGAAGAGUUUACUUCGCCAUGUCCAUACUGUGCUUUUCAGUUGCCAGAAUGUGAGCUGCUCUGUUCAGGUUGUAAAAACAACCUGCCUUACUGUAUUGUUACUGGCCGGCACAUGGUGAAGGACGACUGGACAGUUUGCCCCCACUGUGAUUUUCCUGGUUUGUACUCAGAAUUCAAAGUUCUGCUAGCUACAGAGAAAGCUUGUCCUAUGUGCUCAGAAAAAUUGGGUGCGGAGCAGCUAUCAAUUGUUGACCCAGCACCAUACCUACAACCAGAUGAGGCUGAUUAGUGAGCAAUGCUGAAUGGAAAUGCAAUGCAUAAGAUCCAACAUCAUAUAUCGAUUGUUUCAAACCCCAGGAGCAGCUCUUUUAUGCAUGUCUACAUUCUAUACACAUUCCCUUUUUAAACAUAUUUAUGGUCAAAUUGUAAAUACCCUUUUUUGAAGAAAUGCAAAUUAAGUUUAUUAUGUAUUAAAGUUUGUGAACUUGAA